AUGGCUGAGACACACCACUUUCAGGCGUCACGCCUAUUCUCUGUCAAAGGCAACGUCGCUGUCGUGACAGGCGGAGCAACUGGCAUUGGCUUGAUGAUCACUCAAGCUCUCGCCGCCAAUGGAGCCAAGGUCUACAUCACCAGCCGUCGUGCAGAAGCUCUCGAGACCGCCGCGCAGUCUCAUUCGCCCGACCUACAGAAUGAAAUGAAAGAGACGGGAGGACACAUCAUUCCACUCGGUCCAUGCGAUGUAACGAAGAAGGAGGAUCUUCAGAAGGUAGUGGAUGAGCUGAGCACGAAGGAGAAGUACGUCAACUUGCUGGUGUGUAAUGCUGGUGUGGCAGGGCCCAAAGCAGAGCCGAAAGAGCAAGACGCAGGAGAUUUGAAGAAGAAGCUGUGGGAGAACGAGAGUGUGGAAGAGUGGCAGCAGACAUUACAAACGGAUGUCACGUCGGUGUACUUCACGACUGUGGCAUUUCUCCCAUUGCUACAGGCAUCCAUGGCUUCAGGCGGUGGUCCACAUGAGGACUACUCGGCUUCUGUCAUUGUCACAUCCUCGAUGUCUGGUCUCAUGCGCCACGCUCAGGGCCACUUCUCAUACAACGCAGCCAAGGGCGGAACCGUGCAUCUUACGAAGCUCAUGUCUGCGGAGUUUCAGAAAGCCAAGAUACGAGUCAACUCUAUCGCACCGGGGUACUUCCCAUCAGAGAUGACUGCCAAGGACUCCGACGAACGUAACAAAUCCGGCUUCCCACAGGAGAAGAUCGAGAGCUACGGUCAUGUACCGUUGAUGAGAGCCGGCCGGGACGAAGAGAUUGGGAUGAGCGCACUCUACAUGGCCAAGUGCUACUAUCUGAACGGUCAGAUUGUUGCCGUUGAUGGAGGGGUUUUGAACGUGGUGGCUAAUUGA